CUUACUGGUAUAUAACUAGUGCUACUAAUGACGCUGGGCGUUAGGUAACAAACUGGACUUACUCGAGACAACUCACCAGAAUGUACUUAGGACUCCUCUGGACGCUAGCUACGAUUAUAGUAGUCUCACAGGCACUUGUUGGCGAGAAGUGUACAGUGGACUCCCAGUGUGACCCAAGUGAGUGCUGUCAGAUACUGAGUGAGUUCAUGUUGGCCAGCAAGAGACAGGGCAACUCAUUGACUAGUAUUGUCCAGCCACUCAAACCAGACCCAGGGACAUGCCAAAAGUACAAGGUGGAAGGAGACCCAUGCAAUAAGUUGGACAAAAUGUAUGGCGAAUGCAGCUGUGCCCCUGGUACAUACUGUCACGCCUAUGAGAUAUCCACCGUGAGCGCCAGGUCAUUCGUUUUCGAAAAUCCUGGGGAUCAGUGGAUCUCAAGAUGUGAAAAACAAGACGCAUAACACUGCUUUUUUUUUCACUUUUCACGCAGUUGAUAUAUGUCGAUGGUAAAAUAAAG